AGGAUCUGCUUUAUAGACGAAGUAUGGGCAUUUGGAGGGGCUCAUACGAGUUCGUAUAUUACUUGCUUAAAGGAUAGAAGCGAUCGCUUACUCCCUGAGUGUAUGAGACACAAGUACUCUAAGCUGCCUUCGUGGAUGUUCUGGGGGAGUAUAGUCGAUGGCAAGAAGGGGCCUGCUCUCUUCUGGGAAAAGGAAUAG